CUGGCAGCUAGAAAUGUUAUGCCCCCAAACUCGGUUGCCCCCUUUGUAAAGUUCUUGCUUGGGGACCAGAGAAGAAGAGGCUAACCGAAAGGAUGUUGAAGACUAUAAAACAAGCCCUUUUUUCUUCUGGCUUGGAGAUGCCUAAAUGGACUGCAUUGCCAAAUCAGGCAUCUGAUUAUGAAAUUCGACAGUAUGAACCUGCCAAAUGGGUGUGUACAUCUCUUAAAACCAUAGACUGGGAUGCAGCCAUAAAUGCUGGCUUCAUGAAGCUCUUUAACUAUAUUAAAGGCAAGAAUGAAAAAGGAACAAAGAUAGCUAUGACAGCUCCAGUGACAUGCUAUGUCCAGCCAGGAGCUGGCCCGUUCUCCGAGUCCAUCACAACAGUUGCCUUUUAUUUGCCAACUCAGUACCAGGCAAACCCACCCAAGCCUUCAGAAGCAGAUGUCUUCAUCGAAACCAAGCCAGCAAUUACAGUCUAUGUCAGAUCAUUUGGGGGAUUUGCUAAAGCUAAAAAAAAUCAAGAAGAAAUACAGGCACUUGCUGAAACUUUAAGGCGGGAUGGAAGAACAUUUCAAGAAAAGAUCUAUUAUACUGCUGGUUAUGACAGUCCAUUUAAAUUGCUGAACAGGCAUAAUGAAGUUUGGCUUAUCAAAAAAUGCUAAACUCUUUCCACAGCAAUACAGAUUAUAAGUAUUAACUUUUAAAUGCUUAAUUGAAAAGGGAGUUUUCCUUAUGUAUAAAAGCUGUGUUCCUGUAUAUUUUCUAACAUAUUUCUUUGCUUUUACCAUUGCCUAAAUUUCUAUGCUGAUAUAAAACUGAUCUUUUUUUGCUAAAAUAUGACUAAUAGAAUAAUGUU